AUGCUAUUCUCUCUCUCUCUCUCUCUCUCUCUCUCUCUCUCUCUCUCUCUCUCUCUGGCUUAUGGCCAUAUCACCAAUAUUAAGCCAGGGUUGAUAAACUGUAAAAACCAACUCUCUCUCUCUCUCUCUCUCUCUCUCUCUCUCUCUCUCUAUCUAUCUAUCUAUCUAUCUAUCUAUCUAUCUCUAUCGCUGCGAAUCUCUCUCUUUCUUUCCCCAAUGCUAUUUAUUAUUAUAUAUAUUGAAGAAGGACCGAUUAUUAAAUGCAAUAAUUCUUUCCCUUUCUUUCUUUCUUUCUUUCUUUCUUUCUUUCUUUCUUUCUUUCUCCAAUCUCCUUUCUCUGUUUUUUCUUUCUUUUUAUUUUUCUUCGCUGUUUCUUUUUCUCAUGACCUUUCCCUUUCUCCUUUCUUAGCAACUUUAUUUUUAGAUUUACUACGUUUGCAGAUAUUUGCGAAUCCCUGCCCCAAGUCUUUUGCAUUAGGCCCAUUUCUUCUCGCCCAUUCACCAAUGAAUCACCAUCAAAUGAACUGUGCAAGACUGUGGAACCUCUCAGCGACCUCCGCCACUUCUCUUCUGUCUCUUCUUAGCUCUCAUGCCCGACUUCGCUUCGCGCAUUCGUAUUUAUGGACUCCAACUAGAAACCGGCGCGGGGCAAGAUUUAUUCUACUUUCUCCUGUUACCACCUUCCACCAGUGCUCUGCAGUGGGCGUGGGUAGCUCCUUCAACCUCCUUAAUAUCUUGUAUGUGCCUGGCUCCCCUUCAGUGGGUGCAGGUAGAUCCUCCUCCUUUUUUGAUCUAUCUUCUGCGACUGUCACCUCCACCAUUCGUGAAUUGACACAAUUGGCUUUCUCUCCUUUGACCCAAGAGACACUUUCCCAGGGAAAAUUUUGCAACUCACAUUAUGGUGACAAUUCGUUUGACCGAAGGUCAACAUAUCUGCAGGUACCUGUUAUAAUUGAUGUCGUCAUUGUUCACGUGUUUAUUUCCUUAUUUCUUUCGUAUAAUGUUUUUAUCUUUCUUCUUCUUUUCUGUUAUUUUUAUCUUUUCUUCUUUCUUUUCCCGUUUUUCUUCGUGUUUCUUCUGCAUUUCAUUUAUCUUUCUAUCAUAUUUUCUUUAUUUUUAAGCAUUUUACCACUUUUACUUUCUUCAAUUUUCUCAUCCCCGAUUCCAUUUUAUAUUCCAUCUUUCUUUCAUUCUGUUACAUAA